UAUAUGAACAGGAGCAAUGGCUGUACAUAAACUGUGUAUGCAGUAUAGUAUGCAGUACACACAAGCUACUAUACCAAAGCAUCUCCAUGAACACACAGCAGCGGUGUGUAUUUCCUCUCAUGUGAUCCGAUCCCAGCCAGAUUUCAUCUUGAUGGAGGAGGAGGAGGAUGCUCUGUAUCACCUUCACUCAGUGCUGACCGAUGACUUCAUGACGUGGCCCAUUUAAGGACCAAUCGGAAAUCGCGCCGCGCUCCCUUUAAGAGCAGCUGCAUUGCCUGGAGAAUAGAUGCGCGCGCGUCAUGUAUCAGUCUCUGUCCUGCUCACUUAUGGACCAUACAGCGAUGCGAUGCGCUGGACUCCUCCACACACCUCUGUCGAUGGAUCUGGAGUAACAGCUCUGGCAUCAGAUGCAGUGACGCAUUUAUCGGAGUGGUUUGCCAGGGCAUUGGCAUGGCCUAGUAAUGAAUGGUGACGGGGCUCCCAGCAGCCCGGAGCACUCCUCCUGCACGCUGCCCGACUGGAAGGAGUUCUGUGAGCUUCACGCUCGAGCUUCUGCCGCUGAUUUUGCCUACAAGUUCCGGCGAUUCAUCAGCGAGAACCCAUGCUACGACUCACCUGGUGCUGAUGCCAAUUUCUCGCAACACUUUGCUCAACACUUUCUGACCUGCUUCUCCACCGCCCUCGACCAAGUCCAAGGUCCCGGGUCUCUGGGAGACUCCUCCGCUCUGAAGUACAGCAUCGUGCCCUUUGUGGGCAUACAGAGCUGCACGCUGCCCCUCAGCCACGACCUCUACCAUCGGCGGAAAGACGUGGGGGCCUCGAGCGAAUCGCUGGAUAGCAUGGACAGUGGAGGGGGCGGAGCCAGUGGACAGGAACAGCAGACCCCCACCCAUAAGAUGUCAACUGUGAGCCAAUCCAGGAGUUCGGAGGAUGUGUCAUUGGGACGACGUAAGGCUCGUUUCAAGAAGGGCUUUUCGCUCCGAAACAUGAGUCUGAGUGUGGUGGACGGGGUGAAGGAGAUCUGGCACCGCAGGGCCUCUCCAGAACCAGACCCCUUGGGGAGCUCCAGGAGGACCAAUGGACCCGAGGCCAUGGGGUCCGAACACUGGAGCCAGAAGCUGCGGCUGCCGCGGGGCUCUCAGGGCCAUAAAGCAGAGCUGUUGGAGAUCCAGAGGGAGGGUGCGCUCAGAUACAUGGUGGCUGAUGACAAUAACUGUGUGGGGGCGGCGCAGUGGCAGAAGUGCAGGCUGCUGUUGAGGAAGACCGCCGCACAAGUGGACGCAGGAGAGAAGUUCCAGCUUGAAUUCUACGUUCCACCAAAGUCAUCUAAACCCAAAGUGAGCAUCCCUCUGUCUGCGAUCGUGGAGGUGAGGACCACCAUGCCUCUAGAGAUGCCCGACAAAGACAACACCUUCGUGCUCAAGGUAGAGAAUGGAGCCGAAUACAUUCUGGAGACCAUCGACUCUCUGCAGAAGAACUCGUGGGUGGCAGACAUCCAGGACUGCAUUGACCCCGGGGACAGCGGGGAUGACAUCGAGCUGGCGUCGUGUGCUCACAGUCAGCCGCACAGAGACGUCUCUCUCUCGCUGGUGUCCUCCUGCAGCUGUGAGCUCCUGUGUGACGGGUCACAUCGGGGGUCCGAGCGGCUGUGCUCUGUGGCUGCUGAUCAGGAGCCGCCCGUCACCCAGCACCCCUCACACGUCCCGCUGGAGCACUUCCUGCGGUCGCCAGAGCCCCAGGACACCAGCACAUCAUCAGGAAGCCCAGGUGAGACUCCAGGGGAAGCGGACGGAGACCCCAGUUUGGCGGGUUACCCAUGGUUCCACGGGACGCUGUCUCGGGUGCGGGCGGCCCAGCUGGUCCUCGCCGGCGGGGCACAGAGUCACGGUCUGUUUGUGAUCCGUCAGAGCGAGACGCGUCCCGGAGAAUACGUCCUCACCUUCAACUUCCAGGGCAAAGCCAAGCACCUGCGGUUGUCUGUGAACGACAGCGGUCAGUGUCACGUUCAUCACCUGUGGUUCCAGACGGUCACAGACAUGUUACGACACUUUCACGAGCAUCCCAUCCCACUCGAGUCCAGCGGCUCCACCGACAUCACGCUGCGCUCCUACGUUCAGGUCCAGCGCUCGGCCUCAGGUGUGGCGUCUCCUCCCCCCGUCCAAGCUGCCCCGCGGGACGCCUCUGUCUGUUGGGCCGAGUCGACGCAGGUGAGUCAUCAGCUGUCGGACGCAGUGCUGUCGUCGAGCUCGUCCUCGUCUCCGAUGGCUCAGCCGGCCGCAGGAGCACUGAUGGGCCGCAGCAGCAGCGCAGAGAGACUCCUGGAGCCCGGGGCCGGAGCCGGAGCCGGGGCCGAGGACUACCACGACAGCGAGGGCACGCGCCGGACUCGAGCCGUGGAGAACCAGUACUCCUUCUACUGAUGUCCUGAGGAUCUGCUCCAGUCACACCUCUAACUAACUGCAGAUCUGUCCCUUGUGCUGUCUGCUUUCAUUUACCACAGGUGUUUCUGAAAGAGUCUCUUCUAUCCCUUUUUUUUUAAAUGUAUCAAAGUUUCCAUAAAAAUAUUGUGCAGCACAACUGUUCAACAUUGAUGAUAAUCAUACAUGUUUCUUGAGCAGUAAAUGAUCAUAUUAUUCUGAUUUCUGAAGAUCAUGUGACACUGAAGACUGGAGGAAUGAUGCUGAAAAUACAGCGGAGCAUCACAGAAAUACAUUACACUUUAACACAGAUACACAUAGAAAACAGAUGAUUUACAAUAAAAUAAUAUUUUAUUAUAUUAGUGUUUUUGAUCAAAUAUGUUCUGCCUUUAGUGAGCAGAAGAGACUCUUUCACAAACCUCUAUCUUAUGGACAGUAGUUUUUCAAAGGUUUAGCAAUUCAUUCGUGUUAUUUUGAACCUGGGCUUUCUUGACGUAUUCAGUUUGAAAACCGUUUCUACUUGUAUUUUUUUUUCCAGUUUUACUGUAUUUUUUCAUUUACCAAACGCAGCCUUGGUAAGACAUCUUUCAGAAAACAUGAACAAUAUUAUUUAUUCCAAACUCUUUACCAGUAGUGUAGUCCCACCACAUGAUCUGAGAGCCGCUGUGUUCGACCCUCAGUCCGUCAGACGCUCAGUGUUCAUGUCUUCUUCAGGUGUUUCAGUGACAGGAAACACCUCACAUCAUCGUACAGCUAAGCAGGAAGUCUUCAGUCUUCAUCAGGACUCAUGCGUCUGCACCUGAUUCAGUGAGAUCUGCGUGGUUUGAGGACGACAUCAGUUCUUCACUCGACUCUUCAUCUGUGUUCCUGAGGCGUGUGGCUAGCAACGUUACCUUUAUGCUAAUCAUAUUGUAAUUAUGUUCACCUGUUUGGCCACGCAUUACUGUAAUAUUAGUCAUUUAGGACAUUGAUGUACUGUUUCUGUUGAGUUAUACAUGUGAUAUUAAUUUUUUUAUCUGUAAUUUUCCAAUGGUGGCCAAAAGCGUAAAAGAAGACCAAUGUUGUAACGGGCUGUGAUGAUUUGAGAUCUGUGUACUUCUGUGUGAUGUUUUCCUUCUGAACAUCACCUGAUCUUCAUCAACGUGACGAGUGUCUUAUUUAAAGGGACAGGUCACCCAAAAAUGAAAACUCUGUCGUUUACUCCUCCUCAAGUUGUUCCAAACCUGUGUGAGUUUCUUUCUUCUGUUAAACACAAGAAGAAGACGUUUUGAGGAAUGCUGGGAACCAAACAGCUGCCGGUACCCAUUGACUUCCAUAGUGUUUUCACACGGGUUUGGAACAACUUUAAAGGAAAUGAUUUUAAACAUCAGAAUCACUGUAAACAACUAGUACAACUAGUGUGAACUUGAUUUACAUUGGAACAUAAAAAGGCAGACGAGGAUCAGAUUUCAGGAGGUUCUCUCCCAUCUCCACAGGAAGUGAUGUCAAACCCUCCGAUUGGCUGCUUCCUGUCCAGCCCUGAUUGAGUUGAUUCAGAUUUCUGUUGUGUGUUUCCUGCUGCCUGUGAAUGUGUGUCUGUUUGAGUACAUGCUCCGCACGGCCCCAUGGGUCAUCACUGACCCUCACAACAGCAGUUUCGGUUACUCAUGGCUUUGGUUUGUGUGCUGUCAGGGCUUUCACUGAUGUGUGAUUAACUGUUAUGAGUGACAGGACCCAAACUCCAUGUGCUUUACUCUAACUGGAUCAUUCGUUGAUAAAUGUGAACUCGUUGUGUCCCAACAGCUCGGUGACACCCAAUCCUCCAGCUGUAUUGUGAGAUAUAAGUCAAGCUUCAGAUUCAAGCCUUUGCUACGGGGACGUUUUGGAUAAAUUUGGCUAAAUGAACAAACCCUCUCAAAGCAGCAGCAGAGGUCGACCGAUACUGAGUUAACUGUGGGAUAAUAAAGUGGAGAAACAGACCACCUCCUGAGCAACUGGAUGUUGAAAAGACACCAAAAUCUUGACAUUUGAUGUAAAUUAAACGUCACACAUACUUUCCUACAUAUACAUUAAACAGUGUGGCACUAACUUCCUGUUUUAUCCUAGCAACCGCUUGAUCAUGAAAAUGUCUUGGAAUUAUUAAAUUAUAAAUAAAUAAAUGUACUGAGAAACAUCCGAGACAAAUCAGAAAGUAACAGUUUACCGAACUCCAAAUAACAUAAACAUUGAAAACCAAGCGCUUCGAAUAAGUCCAGCAACAUAUCUUUUUUUUUUUUUUUGAUAACCUUUAUUGUAUGCAUAUCUUCUGUAAAUUUUUUAAAUUCCCCAUGGUUUGAAAAAUGGAUAAAUGUUUAAAAUCUGUCUUUGUUUAUCUGCAUACCAACAGUUAAAACACACUCACAGUUAGCACAGGUUAAAUUGUGUAGAAACCAUCUAUUGGUCGACCUCUGUGCUGUAGCACACUCAUACUUUUGUUUUGUUUAUUUAAAUGAUUUCGUUUUUUGGUGAAUUCUGUAAUAAGGGUUCACUCAAGCAUCAAAAGAUUGAAGAAAAAUAUAGAAUUUUUGUAUAAUUUUUAAGAAAGGAAAAUAAAAACACAUUUGUUAUACUGUGAAGAAAACCUCGUGUAA